AUGUUGAGCAUCAACUUCUCAACUCCCCUCGCGGGAGCUGCUCGAUCUGAGAGAAUCAAGCAGAUGACCAACAACCACCCUGCUUUUGAAAAGUCUCGCCAAUCUCAGGAGAUUCUUGUCAAAAUUCAAACCUCUCUGCGCCGCAUGCCUGGCGUCUCUUCCAAGGAGUCCAGUGAGAUCAUCGCUCAACUCCAGGAAGUCGGGCAGAUUGUCAGCACCGAGACGAGCCAGCUCGUCGACGCGCUCAUGAAUUUGACUCUUGAUCAGGAGGACACUGACAAGGCAAUCGCGCGCAUGAGUAUCGAAGCCAACCUUGCCAAGGCAGAGACCGAUGAUCGGGCUCAUACCCUGAGCACCAUUCGUGCCGAGCUCGCAAAUGAGAAGAGCAAGCGACAAGAGGCCGAAGCCGAAGUCGUCAAGGUCAUGGAAGAACUCCAAAAACUCUCCCGCGAAAUCAAGUCGCUCAAAGGGAAGGGCAACGACGCCAGUUCUGAUGAUGCCAAGUCGUCUCCCGGUCGCGACAUCUUGAUCAAUCAACUCGGGGAAACAAUCCAGCACCUCGAGGAACAGGUCAAUUCUCGUCGAUCCCUUUGGCUCAUGAAGAACCCGAGCCCUGGCUCGGUGGCUCGUGCUGAUGAUACCAUCACCGAGUCUUGCUCUGACAAAGACCAGAAGAGCCUCACGUCGCGCCGCUUUGGCAGUGACGAGGAGAUCAACUCGCGCGAUAGUAAGCCCUCUGGUCCCAACGAAGUCGCUGUCCAUUCCCAGCGUCCUCCGUCUGCUGCACGCUUUGGAUCGCACAUUGUGCCUGGCCCUUCUCGUCCGACAUCAACUGCGCCAAACGAGCGUCGACUCAGCCAGUGGAGACCUCCUACCCCUUCGCAGCCUCAGUCUCGGUUUGGAACCCCUUCCUCAAGCGGCACUGGCCCUCAGUCCAUAUAUAGACGCAACGCUCCCCGUCGCAACUUUGUCAACAGCACUUAUCGUCCGAAUGCUCCCGAGUUUUUUCCUCGAUCCUACGGACAUCCUGACAAGAAUGUCACAUCUCCCGGCAAUGGAGGAUAUAGUCAGCCGCGACAAUACUAUCCCCCUACUCCCUCGGGCGGGCGUAACAAGUACAGUCGAUUCCGUGACCCUGUCCCUGUCCCUGACUACGACGGCCCGCCUGGUGCGCUGACUACUCGGCCUCCUUUCCCUGGGCCUCCUAUCCAUAUCACUGAUAUGACUAUCAACGCUUGGCACGACCAAUUCACUGAGCUCUAUACAUCCAUUCGCUCUUUUGUUGCCCGUCAUGCUAACCUGGCUACCUUUGUCAACCCUAUGGAUCUUUCCGCCACUCGUCUGUGGCCUGUCCUCUUGGCAACCUACCAUCCUCUUUCUGAGCAUGAGGCUGUUUCCUACCUUGACUACCACCUCAAGGAAACGAGUGCUAAAUCCUGCUUGGUCACUCGUGUCGCUAUCGACUAUGUUGUCAACCGCGUUUGGGUCCCUCGUGCCUGGAUGGGUGCAGAGUCUGAUGCUACCCACGGCCUUAUUGAAGUUGAGAAGGAUCUUGAACGAACUCAAGGUCAGCCGGCCGUUCGCCGCCAGCAAUUCCUCGACCGCCAGGCAAGCAUCAUUGAUUCCAUCCUCAAGCUGGAUUCGUACCAGGAGUUCAGCAAGGUCCGCUGCCAGGAGAUCUCGGAUGUAAUUCUCAACAUGAUCGAGCCUCUCCUAAACCCUGAGGCCGACCCCGAGACUAUCUACAAGGAACUGGAGAGUGUCGCUUCAGCCGCUUGGGCUUUGUCAAGCCGCAUCCUCAGCAGCCGACUGACCUUUGACUUCCGCUUUCCCGAGAUUGGAAGCCGCUACUCUUCCCAGUGCAUGCUGCCAAUCUGGCCCGACUUUGAUCCCCAGGAUCUACAGGCUGAGCAUUGGCGUGUCGCUCUUGUCACCACCCCUGUUGUAACUUGCCGCAACGACACUGGCUCAAACAUCUCUGCACACUCAGUCUGUGUAGCUGAUGUCGUCUGCAUGCGAUAA